AUUCAGGGAUCGACUUGGAUAAUUGUUCAACCAGUUAGGAUUUCGAGUAGAAAGCUAUUUGGUUCUCUGUUCUGAAAGUUGGGUUUCCUUGUCGAUAUGGAGCAGGAGAGUCAGAAAAUGGAAAUCGAGGAAACCGCCUGCCAGCCGCCAAGUGCUCCCGUUCUUUGCGCCAAUAACUGCGGUUUUUAUGGAACUGCUACCACUAACAAUCUUUGCUCCAAAUGCUACAAAGAUUUCGUUCUGAAGGAAGUCAAAGCAGCUACUGCAGCUGUGGCAGUUGUGGAAAAGAAGGUCGAUGAAGCUGUGACUGAAUCAACGGUUCAGGAGGUUAAGGCUACUCCGACUGAGGAAGCUUCCACCUCUGAAGAUCAUGAGAAGCUACCGGCAAACCGUUGCAACUUCUGCAGGAAGCGUGUGGGGCUGACUGGCUUCAAGUGCAGAUGUGGGCAGACGUUUUGUUCUCUCCAUCGUUACUCUGACAAGCACAAUUGCCUUUUUGAUUACAAAGCCGCUGGCCAGGAUGCAAUCGCCAGAGCAAAUCCUGUUGUGAAGGCCGACAAGAUUGAGAAGAUCUGACUCUGAUGCCUUUUUGUGGAAUUCAAGAUGUGGGAGUUAUGAUCUGCUCUUAGUAAAGCGAUGAAGGAGAUUCAAUUCAUGAAGGACUGCAUAUCUUGGUCUUCUGUUUCCAGAAAUAAAUAGCUAUUUGAUUAUUUGUCUGUUAUGUACAGUUUGGUUUCAUGUAUUGUGACCCAAUGUCACUGAUGGGUCAUAGUUUUUUCUUUCUUUCUUUUUUAGAAUUCCUCUAAGAAAGUCUGAAGUUCUCAAUCCUUUGUAUAUUUCUCUUUGAACUUUCAAUUUAUUAUAUUCCAAAUGUUAGUGCAGUGCUUUCUUCUUC